AACUGAGACUGAAAUUUCACACAUUGCUGCAGCUCAGCAAUGGCAGAAAUGAUAUCAUAGUAACUGAGGUUCUCGCUCAGAUACAUGUACGUAGGAAGCGAAAAGGAAUCGUCUUAGCGUCGUGACGAACAUGGUAGAGCACGUCGAUGUCCCCGGAGCUCCUGUAAAAAAAAAAAAAAAAAAAUCUGGGCCUAUGAUUUCAUGAUGAAUUCAUAAUCGCGCUGAGAACCGAUGACGUCGACAGUAGUUCGAGAGAGCGGCGUGCUAUAUAUUCCACGGAUAGUGCGUUCCUCGGAAGGCUAUAUUUCAAUUGCACGCAUUAUUCCCUGAUUCUCUAUCAUUCAGUUCUCAACUCUUUGUGGUGGCCAAGGAAACAAUCGCAGCAGCUACUUCAACGACAUCGUAACACGCCAUCAAAAUGACACCAUCAGCAGACGACUUCAGAAAGAUUGCUGAGGAGGCUGAGCGGAACCUCAACACCUAUGAAAGCAAGACCGGUGCUCACAGAACAUCUCCUAACGAUGACUCAGGCGUCGAAACUAGAGUUGAAAACCAGUUCCCCGGUAGUUCAGUCAGAUACGGUGAUGAUCUGAGUACCAAUGCUGGUUAUAACAAGCGAAUCCCUCCUGAAGAAGGUGGUGACUUAGAUGCUCGCGGCCGACAAACACGCGGUGAGCACUUUGAGGGUGUCGGAGGACCCGAGCACAAGUUCGAACAACAAAUGAGGGAUUACGGCGGCUACAACGAGCUCGACUCGACUAACAAGCGUCGCUAUGACAUUGGCUCAAACUCCGUUACUGACGACACAAGCGUUGCAUACAGUGGAGAGGUCAUGGCCGAAGGCAGGAGGGCUGCGCAAUCCAAUGUUCAAGGCACUGUACCUCGCAAGAACCAAUACCCAGGCUCGGAGUAUCAUACCCCACGCGAGGCUGUUGGUGAUAUGUCGGCCGAGGGUUACGAAGCGCCUAGCAGCGUGACGGAGGCCUCGCGAGAAAGCGCGCGCUAUAAUGAAUAGAUGUCGCACGAUGUAUGUGAACUUGGUAUGCGAUAUGUAUCAAUAACUAAAAGAAUAACAAUUGAAAUGCACCAUUGAAAGUUAUCGCUAAUCCACAAUGUGAACCAUUACUUGUACGAAUGAGCUGAUCCUAGAAAAUGCGUGCACGAGUAGUGAACAUCACCAACGGCCUUGCCCUUCAUGUUUGCAAGUAAUGACGAUCUCGCAGACGAAACAGAAACGUUCGCAAACUCGGCG